AUUUUCUUACUCGUCACUUGUCCGUGUUGUGCUUUCCGCUUCCAAUUAAUUCAAUUUCGCGCUUUUACGCUGCAAUUCCGUGUGAAAAACGUAAAUUUCAUCAACUUUAAGUGAUUUCCAUCAAAGAUCCGAGUUCAAAAUGAGUCAAGUAGCGCCAAAAUCGCAACGUCCCACAUUGUCGUUAAGCGCCCCCCAUACGACAGUAGGGAAUCUCAAGCAAAAGCAACAACGUUCCAACACGCCAUCUACCGACAAAUCUGAUUCACGUUCAUCGACACCCGUGAUCGUCAUCGACGAUGGUCAAAGCCCGAGCCCAAAGGGAAAACGUCGCGUAAGCAACGAUUCUGCCAAACUUCGUGGAAGCCCAAAAACUCUUUCGCCCGUCGUUUCUGAAGUCGAAAGUGAGGUUAAGAACGGCAAAGAUCACACAAAUGGCGCGAACGGUGCUCAUGUCGUCGAUGGAAAUGGCGUCGCUGAUGCUCCGAAAAAAGAAUCUACUCCCAAAACAAACAAAAAAGAGGCAAAUGGCAAGAAGGAAAAAGAGGAAAAAACCCCAAAAGAGGAAGCCAAAUCGACACCCGAGAAGAAACAAAAGAAACAAGAUCUCGUGCUCGGCGAAAAAACGCAACCACAAAUGGAAAAAUUGGUUUUGGAAGCAGAUACGCCAGCGGAUUCGCCGAUGCCAAAGGGUUCGGGAGGGCGAAUUCUCAAAUACACGCCCGGCAAAGGACGCAUAAGUCCCUUUAAAGCUGCCACAGUUGAACGUUUGCAAAAUGCCAGCACAAUUGUCAACUUGAGUACCGUCAGCGAGCAAAGUACCGAAGGACAUUUAUCGCCUGCUGUCGAAACGCCCGUUAAACCGCCCAUGGGUCGCGUUUCAGGACGUCGCAACACGCGUCCCAUCAAGGAAAUCAAAAUGAUGCAUCCAACAACGGCAAACGAUUCCGUCUCGAGCAUCACGGCGAACCAAGGAUCACCCGUAAACAGCGACAGUCUCCGUACGCCAAUCAUUGCGCAACUCAUUGGACGUAAACGAGCCGGCACUCCUGAACGCGAAGACGACAUUCUCGUCGAUACGCCGUCGAAACGUGCGCGCAUCGAUUUCAGUGGCUUCCUCGGAUACGUCACAACGCCAAUUUCCAACUUGAAAAAUCGCUUGUCGCGCAUCGGAUUGCAGGCCAGUACGCCACGUGCCCUCGACAUGGAAGAAAAUAUCGCAGAUGUGUCGGCGAUGGAAACAGAACCUGCGGAAAAGGAUGUCUCGAAGGCUGUUGAGGCAUCGGAAUCCGUGAUGGAGAAGGAAAUUGAAGAUUUGAAGGCGACCGAUGCGGAUCUGAAACAGACAGAAAUUGCAUCGAAUGAUCCCCCAACACCGACUCGCCGACGAUCGGUUUGCAAUAUCAUGUAAACGAGCAUUCAAGCCACACUGAGGCUUUCGCAAAUUUUAAGACAAGAUAAAUUUAAGAUUUUUCACAUACACACACACACAACACAACACAUUUGCUGAAUGUUAGCGAUUAGAGAAAUAUCUUUCUUUUUUGACAUUAAUAAUCAUAUUAAAUGUAUUUAGAUACAGGAUUCAUCUUAGAUUUAAGUUUGUCGUCGAUUGUCCAUCAAGAUUUUAACGAAAAAGACGAAAAAAAAGUAAUUUAAGGCAAUUUAAUUGAUAUUUCUUAUCAAAACUUUCUUCAUUUGUUCAAUAGAAAUGUAACAGACUUUAGAG